AUGGCUCCCAAAAAGAAGGCAAAGAAGGGGGCCAAGGAGCUCGAGGCCAAGAAGAAAGGUGCCAAGAAGGAGCCCAACGUGGCCAUGGAUAUGGUUUUGGCCCAGGAGCUACGGGAGUUCUACCACAUCCAGAUCCGAGACCUGGAGGACAGGCUGGCCCGGUACCAGCACAAGUGGGAUGAGCUGGCCGUGCAGGAGAAGCUGUUCCGCCAGGAGUAUGAGCAGCUGGCCAGCAAUAAGAAGGAGAUUGUGGCCUUCCUCAAGCGGACGCUCAACCAGCGGGUGGAUGAGAUCGCCGACCUCAACGAGCAGCUGCAAAGCCUGCAGCUGGCCAAGGAGAUGGAGAAGGACGCCUUUGAAGCCCAGUUAGCCCAGGUGCGCCAUGAGUUCCAGGAGACCAAGGACCAGCUCACCACGGAGAACAUCAUCAUUGGGGGGAAGCUGGCAGCCCUGGAGGAGUUCCGGCAGCAGAAAGAGGAUCUUUCGGAGAAGUUCACAUUGCUGGAGGACCAGCUGCAGAAGCAGGAGUACGAGUACAAGGACUACAUGUACAACCUGGAGAAGAAGUCGGUGCUGGACAGGGACAGAGUGAAGAAGGAAAUCAUUCAGCGUGUGAACCAGGUGGCCACUGACUUCCACAAGAUGGCCACUAGCCAGAUGUGGGACACAACGAAGCAGGCCAUCCUGGAGAACAACACUGUGACCCUGCAGCUGUCCAGGGUCUCCCAGCAUGGCGUGCAGCUGCUGCGGGAGAAUGACCAGCUCAAGAGCAACCAAGACAAGCUGUGCAAAGAGCUGGAGCUACUGCAGAACGCCAAGCAGGCCAUGGCCAAGCACAGCAGAAACCACCGUAAGAUCAUCCUCAUGCUGACGGAGAAGUGCCACAAGCAGCAGGAGGGCAGAGUGGAGGCUGAUCAGAUGCACUUCCUGCUGGGCGAACUGGAGCAGAAAGUCCUGCAGCUGCAGAAGGAGAAGGAGGCGCUGAGGAGCCAGAAAGCCCAGCUGAACCAGCAGCUGGCGCAUCAGCACACCGAGGCAAAGCGGCUGCAGCAGGAGCUGGCCAAAGAGCAGAAGAUGCGGGCGAGCCUGGCGACGACCCUGACCCACACCACCAACUUCCUACAGAACAUUCUGCAGGUGAACCACAAGUGGGUGAAAGUGGGGGGGGGGGGUCGGCCCAGAGGUAACUGGGCCCACGGAGAAAGCCAACACCUGCAACCAGAGGAAGAGGACGGCAACUACGAGAUAGUGUUCCAGUUGCACUGCAAGGAGAUUCUGCGGCAGCUGCUGGCCAUGCUCAGCUCAGGCGUGGUCCUAAGCCCCCCGAUGAUUGUGGGUCCCCACCAACAUCACAGCCACCCGGACAGCCAGUCCAGCAUCUCGCCACCUAAGACUGGGUUAAUGCUCCAACGGCUGUCCGACCUCCAGACCUCCCAGCUGGCAGACCUGGGCCUGGUGCCUCGACAGGUCCGCAUCUCACCCAACCCUGAGGACCUCAGGCUGCUCUCUCACUUCACUCGGAUGAGAUCAUUCCAGGCACUCAGCAGCACUGAGGUGAGAACCUCGGAGUCUUCAAAAAAGAUAAAAAAGCUUAGUCUUCCUGAAGUUUCCCUGUUUUCCAAGUAAGACACAGAGAGACGACCAACCCUCAUUCCCAAA